UAAAAAAGUUGAAAAAAAAAUCCGCUACAGAGAGGCGCAGCGCCCGCCACACACGCGCCCGCGCGCGCAGAUUGCGUCGUCGGAGACGGAGAGGAUGAACGGCGGCGGCUUGGCCCGCGCGGCGGCGCCGGCGGUGGUGGCGCUGGCGCUGGCGGCGAUCCUCUCGACGCCGCCGCCGCAGCCGGAGACCUUCUCCAACAUCCCGCAGACGCUCUCCGGCGGCGACGGGAAGCAGCAGGUGAGGAUAAAGCGGCCCAAGUCGGCGAAGGCGCUGCAGUGCACCUCCAAGUGCGUCGCCACCUGCAUCCGCGGCGGCGAGGGCCCCCUCAACGUCAGAAAGCCUCUGGUAGUUUUCAAGGGACAAUUCCGCAGCCGGCAGUACUGCUUGGCAGAGUGCUCGGAUGUCUGCAAUCUCAUCAAGGAUGGAGAAGAUGGGCAAUGAGGAAAGCUUUGACAAGGAGAAGCAGCAGUCUGCUAUUGCAGCAAUUCAAACCAAGGCAAGGCAUGGAUUCAAGGAUGGUUACUGACUGAAUUUUACACAAGAAACUGAACAAUCCGGUAAGAUUGUUCCGUGAAGUUACAGUGAGAAGAAUUAGUGCAAAAAAUACGGCACCGAAUCCUGUGAACUUAGUGCACAAUAGGAAAUAGAUUGUUUUGUUAAAUCAUUCCACAGAGAAACACCAUGGAAUGAAGCAUCAUAAUAUGUUAUGGAUUUGUUCUUUUACUUUUACUUGAUUAUACAUGGGACCAAAUGCCAUAGCAGGCAGAUCCAACAUAUGCAAUAGUCGAAGACCAUGAGCAGUAGGCUGUACGCACACAACAUCAUCAGUGAAUUCCUUUACUAA